AUUAUGAAGAUGAUAGCAAUGAUAGUAAUAGUAUGCAUCAGUGGAGAUUUAAAAUACAAAUACAACUAUUUAAUUGAUUAUUUAUUGCUAUUUAAUGAUUUGUUGUCAUUGAGUCCAUUUUUUUUUGACCAUAAGACUAGCCAAAAUAGUGUGCAUUUGAGUUAGGCCAGCUCAACAUGUCAGUUAAGAACUUAUUUCAGCUCAUUUUGAUGCUGUAUUUUAUCACCGAAAUCACUUCCAAAUUUGAGUUUACCAACAUCAAAUAUACUUGUGUGGAUAAGGAAUUCUGCAGAGUAGAUUAUUGCUAUCUGAAGUCGAUAAAUCGAACCUACAAAUAUAUGUCAGUGCGAUUGACUCUAUUUAAACCCAUUUACAAUGUCAAGUUAAACUAUGCAUUUUACAAGCGAUUGAGUGGAUACAAGCCUUUCCUCUACAAUUACACUGUUGAUGGCUGCAAAUUCUUUAAGAGUCGUAGGCGUAUCUCCGUCGAUAAUUACGUUUUUGGUCUUCUUGGGACGAACCACAACCUAAACCAUACAUGUCCCUACAUUGGUGAACUUUAUGUGGAUAAGUUGUCCAUUAGCCUGGUCAACAAUCGUUUAACAGCGGUUCUGCCCUUUCCGGAAGGUGAUUACCUCUUGCAGACCCACGCAUUUGUUGAUGGCAUCAUUAGAUCUGUGUUUCAGGUCUAUGGAACUCUUUCGAAGUCGUAUUAUUAACUCUGUAAAAUGCCGCAAGCUGAUUAAACUCGGAUGUUUUCCCUUGCAUGUGCAUAAA